GAGGACGCCGGCCGGGGCUGCGGGGGCAGCUCGGGGAAGGAGAUGGGCGGCUCGGAAGUCGGCGGGAUUGCGGGAGAGGGUUGUUGGGAAUGGAAUGGAGAUGGUGUAGGAUGGAGGGAAGUGAAGGAAAGGGAGGGGGAAUAGAGGAAAAUGUGGGAGGAGUGGUUGGGAAUUUGUGAGUAGCAGGCAGGAAGGGAUGAGGAGGGCUGGGUCGGGGCUGCAGACGAUUGGAAUGAGCGGGAAGGUUAGCAGGAAUCAGAGGGAAAUGGGUUCAGACCUGAAGGUUCAGCAGGCGUGUCCAUUGAGGGAAACUGAUGACUUGACAUGUCCCUUCAGCUCCUGAUGUUUCCCAUUUUUCUGGCGUUGUGUGGAAAAAUGGAAGCAUCAUUUGCCCUGGUUGCUAGCUUGAUCUUUUUUUCACAGGCCCUAACAUGCAGCUCACUGCCACCCAUCCCUUUUAGUGCAGUGGCCUUGAUUCAUCCUUUUAAAGGGGUUAGAGGGGCAGUUUGACACCACAAACCAUUCUUCAGUAUGAAAUGUUAGAAGGUAUCCCCAAGAGGCACACUGUCCCCUUGUCCUGAAGUUUUCAGUUCAAGGUAAAUUCGGACUUGAUUCAGAUUUUCCUUUCCUGACUUUCCAUCUUGCACAUCUCCAAUGCCAGGAUGUUGGUGUGUGCCAGAGUUACAAAUGACUGGAUGUAAUGCUUCCUGCAGCAUCGUGUUCCAGUUCUCCUACAAAGAUCUUGUGUCCCCCAUAUGAAGAUGGUUCAGACAUGGAAAGCCAAAUUCCAAACUUGUGUCAGUGAAUGGGUCAAAAGAGGAAUGAGGGUGUCAAUGCUUUCUUUCAAUACCUGGUUUAGAUAGGAUGUUUUCACUUCAGUGCUUAAUAAAUUCAUGAUAGUGUGAUCACAAGGACACAUGGAUCUAUGAAAUUCCUAGUAUUUGAAAGUUUCAAUCACAGUAUCUUCUAAAAGGAGAAACAGGACAAGUCAUUUUAUUCAGGUUUAUCAUAACACGCAGCAGCCAGCCUUUUUUUCUCUAACCCAGCUACUGUGGUAGCCCUGCCGAUCUUGUUAGAGAUUUUGGCCCCUUGACCUUUAGCAGAAGGUUGGGUUCCAAUCCAGUGGAGAGGAUUUCUCCUGUGAGAUGUACCUUGUUUUAUUAUUUUGGACUCAUUUAAGAGAGAGGCCUACACUACGUAAACUUUGCACGUACAUGGUGCAGUCACAGAUUUUUUUCCUGAGCAGUCCCUCCUUUGCUAGUCUCACAUUUGCUCUUUUUUGGUGGUUGUUAGGAAUCCUCAUAGGCCUGAAAAAACUUAGAUCUAAUACUGAAAUACAGAUAUGCUGAUAGAUGUAUUUCGUUGGUGCCAGCUGAAUGUCUUCUAUAUAUUUGUAGACCUGAACUGUUUCAUAUACCUUUGGGAAAUGCUUGACUAGAAACACUUGGGAAAAGACCAUGAGGCAUGUAGCCAGAAAGCAUCAGCUGACAUUUCUUUUCACUGGCAUUUAAAAGCUUUUAUAAAGCUUUGCAUCAUUUUCUCCAAAAACAUUCGUUGUUUGAGUUGGUCAUUUUGACAGUUAAGUGUCAGUUAUGACCUGCAUUUCCAGUCUCACCUUGAUUAUUUCUGCAUGGUUUUAAAUGAGUGGAGUAUAACCUAGGAUAAAUGUAUCUGUUGAACACAGACAUUGAUCUUUUACAAAUGAAUAGUUGAGAGAGGUGAGAUAACUGACUUUUGUAGUUUGAAAGGAGAUUAAUUGAUGAAGUGCAAAGUGUGAAACUUACUCUAGUUGUUGCAUUGCAAAGAAAGAUCUCUUCAAGCCACAGUGGCAGUGGAUGGGGUUGCUCUUCUUGGUGCCCAGCUACCAUCUUUAUCUUAACAGGUCAAGUUCACACCAGAGAGUUGGGCAAGGAGAGCUGGGUUGAAAUUUAAAGUUACAUCAGUUGUCAGGACAGAGUAGUUUUUUUUGUUUUUUUGGUUAUUAAUAAUGGGGUUCAUGUCAGAGAAAGAGAUGCUAACAGAUCCUGAGUAGGGUGCAGAUACCUAGAACAGCGGGGUCACCUUGAAAAUUUUCCUAAAUGCCAUCUAAGUGGAAUAGUUAGAUUAUAGGUCAAUAUGCACAUUUUUUACACAUAUAGCCAUAGUUUCAGCUUAUUUUCUGGCAGUUUAAGGAAAAUAUUUUCUCCUAUAUUCCACACCUUUUUUUCUUCUUUCUCACCUAUCCCCAUCAUUGCCCAGAAAGCACUAUUUCAGAAGUGAAAGUGAAGAAGACAGAAAAAAGGGAGGAGGAGAAUAGAAACAGCAGCCAGCAACCCUCGCUGCACCAGAGUACACAAAAAGUAACCCUAAGAGAAAUGAUAACCCCUGGGGGCAGCUGGGUUAAGACAGUGGAGAAUUUUAGCAAUAAAGAUGAUUUUGGACCAGAUCCAAGCUCCUGUGGAACUUGAGGAAAAAUACUCAAAUGGAACUCACGUUCUUGGAAGCAGAGGGACACCUGAGCAAAGAACAAGAGUGUACAUUUGCUUCUAGUCAUAAGUCCCUGAGUGUUUCCAGCCUGAGGAAAAGGCCACUUCCUUAGUAGCAGCACUAACUGAAGCUCACUUAAAACUGAAGCCAUGACUUGCACAAGCCAUUUUUGAGAAAGCAGAUUUUCAGCUCAUUUUGAUUUUUCAUGUGGUUGAUAAGGUAUUUCUUAAGAAGGAAAAUAGAACUUAAACCCCAUGGUCAACAUUAUUAUUAUUAUUUUUUAACCCAGCCACAUAAAUACUCAACUGUAAGUCCCCUCUCCCAAUAAUAGAAUAAAAUUAGAAAUUCGUUAGUCAAUAGAUUAUCUUUAAACUCAGUCUAAAUCUUAACCCAUAAAAAUGCCCUUGGCUUCCUCUGUUCUUACCAUGUCCUAGAAAUGUGACCAUGAUAGCAGGAUCAGUAACUUGAAGAACAGAACUGGUACUUUGGGCUUGUUUUUUAAAUUUAAUUACAAUUUUUAUCCAAUACUCGAUUAUUUUUUUUCCUCCCUGACCAAAUUUAUUUCAGGAAUGUGCUUGCCUGAGACCUAUGAAGCCUGAUGUUUCUUAGGUACAUUUUGUUACUUGAAUGCAGAAUUUGAUGGGAUCUGGAUAGAUAGAUUUGCGUAGGAAAUAUCUUCUCCAAAGUACUUAUUAGGUCUGGUUGACUACGUAGAGCUGAUCCAAGAGCAGGCCAAUCGCUUCCAAGAAACACAGUCGAGAACAGCUCUGUAGCAGGCAGCUCUUGACACCACAGUGUAUUCUGGUUAGCUGCUCUGCAGUAACGCAGCCCUGUCUUUCUGGGCAGUGUUGUUAUUCCUCCUGCAUAAUUAGCAACUAGUGAGGUCAUAGUCUGGGGAGAUUCUGGCAUUACUGAGGCAAAGCAAGGGAGGCUUCAUACCUCAUCACACGUGGCUCAAGCUCUAACAGCAUUUCUGCAGAGUAGAUUCAUGUCCUUCCAGAACUUAAGUCCAAAGAUGGAGAAGGAAAAAGAUUUGUACCUUGGAAGUGGACUAUCUCAAGACUCCUUGGUUGUGUUGAAAAAACUGUCUGCCAUAUUGAUGUAAUCAGAGUAAAUUGUCACUUUUGCUAUUUAUUUUGCUGCUGCUUUUCAGAGGGCAAAGAUUGUAAAGCUACCUUUUUAUUGCAAAAAGGAUGAUGCUAGAUCAGAUGAGCCCUAUUUUAUGGAGUGGUGUGAGAUUGGGAAGGAUCGUGAGUUUUGAAACCAGUGCAGAUUCGAAUCUUCCAUCCGUUCUGUAGUAUCAAACUUGACGUUUUUAGGAGCCUGAUGAGACACUUCAUACUUGUGAAGGUCUGGUUAAAGGGCUUUCCUGGCUGCCAACGUCCUUAGAAAUUCUAAAGUCGCAUUUCCUGAGGUGUGUUCCAAGGAUCACUUGCCCCCUAAGAUACACUGGAAACAAAGGGUUCCAUAAUAACUGCAUUCUGUGUUUUCUCCCACCCGUCACCAUGUUCAUUAGCAUCUUUAAAGACUCUUAAGAUUCUGCCUUAACAGUUUUCUAAACUGUUUUGACACAGCUGUCCUAUUUCCAUGUAAAAACUAUUAAUAUCCUUGGAACUAGUGUAUUUAAGGUAUACACUUUGGGAAAUGCCAGGCUACAUUAUCACUAGGAAAAAUAAUUGGGUCUAGUCUAGGUUUAGGCAAAGCCUAAUUCUGCCUUUGAUCCCCAGUCCCUCCUGCCGGUCCCUUGGAGAGACCUGGGUGGUCAGGAGAGCAGCUACUAUUACCCCUGUGCUAAUGAAUCCACUCGACAGCCGUGGGUUUUGUUUUGUUUUUUGGUUAAUGAAGCCUAGAGCCCAGCUGGCUUAGAACCAAAGGCCUUAACUCCACUGGGAAAGGUGGUGUUGCCACUCAUCUCAUUAUCAUAAGAGUGACUGAAGACUGGAGGGGCUGAGGGGAAACAAAAGGUGGGAGAAUGUUGGCGGGAAGCAAUAGAGAAAUGACCUAGUCUCGAGACACCAGCCAUCAUUCAUCGCUAGCUCAGGUGCUUGCUUUCUUCAGUUAGAGUGUCUGUGUAGACUUGGCAGGGGCCGGUCUUAGGACAAGAAUGCUGAUUCCUCUUCUCCCCUGGGCAGAAUCCUAAUGCGCCUGGCUAGCUGGUGGUGAGCAGGGGUUUUGGAGCCAACGUGUUGGGCUCCCCGAGGAAACCCCUUUGAAGCCAAUGGAUGCAUUCACGGGCUCAGGUCUCAAGAGGAAGUUUGAUGAUGUGGAUGUGGGUUCAUCCGUUUCCAACUCAGAUGAUGAGAUCUCCAGCAGUGACAGUGCUGACAGCUGCGACAGCCUCAAUCCUCCGACAACUGCCAGCUUCACACCCACAUCCAUCCUGAAGCGGCAGAAGCAGCUGCGGCGGAAGAAUGUGCGCUUUGACCAGGUGACUGUAUACUACUUUGCCCGGCGCCAGGGUUUCACCAGUGUGCCCAGCCAGGGUGGCAGCUCUCUGGGCAUGGCUCAGCGUCAUAACUCUGUACGCAGCUACACGCUCUGUGAGUUUGCCCAAGAGCAGGAGGUGAACCAUCGGGAGAUUCUUCGUGAGCACCUGAAGGAGGAGAAACUCCAUGCCAAGAAGAUGAAGCUGACCAAGAAUGGGACAGUGGAGUCGGUGGAGGCCGAUGGGCUGACCCUGGAUGAUGUUUCAGAUGAGGAUAUAGAUGUGGAAAACGUGGAGGUGGAUGAUUACUUCUUCCUGCAGCCUCUGCCCACCAAACGGCGACGGGCCCUGCUGCGGGCUUCUGGGGUCCACCGCAUUGAUGCUGAAGAGAAGCAAGAGCUACGAGCCAUCCGCCUCUCACGGGAAGAGUGUGGUUGUGACUGUCGACUGUACUGUGACCCAGAAGCGUGUGCCUGCAGUCAGGCUGGGAUUAAAUGCCAGGUGGAUCGCAUGUCCUUUCCAUGUGGUUGCUCCCGGGACGGCUGUGGGAACAUGGCAGGGCGCAUUGAAUUUAAUCCAAUCCGAGUCCGGACUCAUUACCUGCACACCAUCAUGAAGCUGGAGCUAGAGAGCAAGCGGCAGGUGAGCCGCCCACCAGCCCCAGACGAGGAGCCCUCACCCACCGCCAGUUGCAGCCUGCCAGGAGCACAGGGCUCUGAAACACAGGACUUCCAGGAGUUCAUUGCUGAGAACGAGACAGCAGUGAUGCACCUUCAGAGUGCGGAGGAACUGGAGCGGCUCAAGGCAGAGGAAGACUCCAGUGGCUCGAGUGCCAGCCUAGACUCCAGUAUAGAGAGCCUGGGGGUGUGCAUCCUGGAGGAGCCCCUGGCUGUUCCCGAAGAGCUGUGCCCAGGCCUCACAGCCCCGAUUCUCAUCCAGGCUCAGCUGCCCCCAGGCUCCUCUGUCCUGUGUUUUGCUGAGAACUCAGACCACCCAACUGCCUCAACGGUGAACAACCCGUCCUACUUGAACAGUGGGCCCCUGGUCUAUUAUCAGGUGGAGCAGAGGCCAGUCUUGGGGGUGAAAGGAGAGCCUGGUACAGAAGAGGCCCCACCCUCUUUCCCCAAGGAGAAGGAUCUGAGUGUCUUCUCUCUCCCUGUUACCUCACUGGUGGCUUGCAGCCCCACAGACCCAGCUGCCCUCUGUAAAUCAGAGGUGGGGAAAACACCCACUCUAGAAGCGCUGUUGCCUGAAGAUUGUAACCCUGAGGAGCCUGAGAAUGACGACUUCCACCCCUCAUGGUCCCCCUCAACCCUCCCCUUCCGUGUGGACAGUGAAGAGGGCUGUGGGGUGGAGAAGACCUCCCAGCAGAGUGAGGACCGGCCCCCGGAGGACUCUGCACUAGAACUCCCUCUGACAGUGUGAUGCGGAAUGGAGUCUGCCUCUUACCCAUUCUCUAUUUAUUCCCUUAUUUUAUCUAACGCCAUUUCAAAACAAAACUGUAGAAGCA